AUGGUUGAGCGUUUCCAUCGCCAGCUAAAGACCGCCCUGCGGGCCGCAGAGGACCCAGGAAACUGGUCAGACAACCUCCUCCUUGCACUCCUUGGCAUUCACUCAGAUCUGAAGUCGGAUUUGGACUGUAGUGCAGUCGAAUCGGUUUCCAGCACUACCCCGCGAUUGCCAAGCGAGAUGGCCACCCCAACCUCUCGUGGUGCUGACGAGACCCCUGACAAUUUUGUACACCAUCUACGGCAAUUCAUGCGCUAGCUUCCCCCGGCCCCACCUCGAACUCCAGCGACCGAGUCUUAUAUCAGAAAAGAUUUGGACAACUGCACUCGUGUGUCCGUUCGGUGUGACUGUGUGGCCGGCCGCUGGAAUCACCAUAUGAAGACCGUUCGUGUGCUCGCACGCAACACCAAGACCUGCGGGUCCUUCGUGGUAACAAGGAGGAUGUGGUCAGUAUCGAUCGGGUCAAGGCUGCUGUCGGAAAGGGCCUGCCAGAUCUGCCUCCAGGACAAGACUGUGUUGCCCCCCUGCUCCGUGAUCCCCCACCUUCCCUACCCUAUGCUCAUCCACCUCCCCAACCAUCUCUUACCCAACUUUCCCCCAUUGCCUCCGACCCUAAUUCUUCCAAUUCCACUGACAUUCUCACCACUCAUAGCGGCCGUCGCGUCCCCUUUCCCGACCGCCAUAUCAUGCAAGUGUAUUAACAGUGCACGUACCUUCGGCGUCGGUUUUUCUAUGCCGGCCUUCAGUCUAGGUGGGGGUACUGUGGUAGCCAUUUUUCAUAUUUUUGUUUAGACACUACCUUUCAUAGUUAUUCUACUUCUUAAGCAAUUCCAUAAGUCGCACUUAUUCGCUCUUGUUUACGUUGAUGUUCAUGUAACGGUUACGCGGGGACUCCGACUGGUGUGGGUUUCAGUUUAACUAACUGACUUUUCACACAUUGCCUUUGUUCCUCGUUGGGCGCCGUUGACAGCCAAGUUCGUUAUGUCGCGGCCGAUUCGCUUAGUUUUUCCCAACUUGGUUUUGACGUGGUAUCGAGUUAUCGAUUGACUGGGCCCACUAAAAACUCACCUGGUCCUCAGUUUCGGCGGGCGGCCAAACAAACAACCGGUGUUCCCCUCGAAAUUGAAAAUAACUCUCAUUGAUAUAGAUUAGGGGCUGUUUGAGAAAAUACACGGAACCUUUAUUUAUUCGCAACUGGAAUAGAGAAUGCAGACGUGGUGCUCUUAACAAAAAAGUUAUAAGUUGCUGGAAUGAGCUCAAAGGAGGGUGCCUAACGUUUCAAAGGGCCACAAAAUUUGCCAUACAGAUGCGCAGUUGAUGCGCUUAAUAAAUCUCACUUUUAGUAUAGACAGACCUGAGCAGCUCUCUAAAACACCUUCCGAAUAAAGAGAAUUCAGGACUUGCCUUGUACCUCAAGGAUUUCUUCGCAGCGGUCACAGGAACUAAAUUGCCCACGGACAUCCUCAAAGACAGAGGAAAUUUAUUUCACAUUGAUGUUCGCAAGCACUCGAUUUCCUAACGCGUACUGCGUGCCUGGAGCGGAUUUCUCGAGUAAGUAAUAAUGACCGAUUCAACAGAGGCAAUUAGACAAGCUGGAUUUACAUUCGCUUUAAAAAUAUCGUUAAAUUGGACAGGACAGUUCUGUUAAAUCAAACCAACGGAUUGCACAUACCUACCACUAAAUCGGAUGGCUGUUAUUUCCUUAUGCACAUUAUCUUCAAUACCUGAGGACGCCCAGAUUUCAGUCUUGCCAUAUUAUGGUAAUGAAAUGUAAGAUGCAUGUGUUACGGGGACAGCCCCCUGUAACGCAUGAAAAUCCAUCUAUAUCAGCCAGACAGAUAACUCCACCACUUCAACAGGGUCCUGCGAGUUCUACAGUUAAGUCGCCUGUGGCAUGGCGUCAGGACGGUGUGAUCCCAAAACUGAAUCGGACUCCGGCCAAAAGACAAGGUAGCACAAUUCCAUUUAAUGAUAUACCGUCUUCUCUUAGAUCUACCAAGUCUUUACAGCCCAGCUCGUCUACCAACGCCGCAGCUCCAAUUAUACCCCCAAAUAAUUCUCUGUCCUGCGUACCGGUUACUUACCAAAACCCUACUAUAUAUCCAGUAAAUAACUCAUACGUGAAUUGCCAUAAGUCAUUUAUCCCCAACCUACUUCAGGCUUCCCGCCACGUAAGGCCAACUCAUCUCACGUAAGUCAACCCAACUCCUUUGACUUCCAACCUAGACCUGAUUUCUACCCUUUUGGUCUUAUAGCCGCCUACCCCGCACUCCAUCCGCCUAUACCUUCCUUCUAGUCUCCCUUCUUCUUCUUCCUCUUCUUCUUCUUCUUCUUCUUCUUCUUCUUUUUCUUCUUCUUCUUCUUUCUUCUUCUUCUUCUUUUUCUUCUUCUUCUUCUUCUUCUUCUUCUUCUUCUUCUUCUUUUUCUUUUUCUUCUUCUUCUUCUUCUUCUUCAGUUAAAAAAACUGACAAAAUCUUCGGAGGGUAAGAAUCCAUGUGGACGGAUACUGGAGUCACAGUCUAUUUCAGGAAGGUGAAGAUGCCUAGUCAUUAUUUUAACAUCGAAAGCAGCUUCCAAAAUCAAUUAAGAGAUUUCACGGUAUUGUGAAUCAUCACUGACGGAAGAGUACGGGAGAUUGUGGAUAAAGCCAAUGAUUGCCUUUCUUUGCGGCGACAGAAAAACAGAUGCAAAGCAGAAAGUCCUCUUUAAUGAGGAGACGGCCAAUAAUAGGAAGGAUCUAAGAUAAAGAAGACGACCGCCUCCACGCCUCGUCGUGCGGACUUGACGGUAAAAAUCGAAGUCAUAUAAAAAACGGGCAGAGUCAGGAAUCAGAGAAUGGGUAUAAAAUUCUGUUAUACAUAUAAUAUCAGGCGUCAUUUUGAGAGCAAUGGUUCUGAUUUUGGCCAUCUUGUUUGUAACUGACCUGAAAUUAAGUAAUAUGAUCAGUCUACUGUAUUUCGAACAGCAAGGUUAUUGUUGGCGGUAUUUGGAAUAAAAAUUUGGAUGCGGAUAUGGAAGCUGUGAAUUAAUUAUGCUUGAAGAAUAACUACCAGUUUGCAGAAGAAAUGCUUCCCCCACCCCCCCCCCCAACAUGUUUCCUCCACAGUGUUCUGAUGGCGAUAGAUUUGUGGUCGUCCAUACACCCAGAUCUCUGUGUCUUUUCACAGUUUCUAACUUCGUCCCGUCAAUAUAGUACUGGUGUUUGGGAGAGGCAUUGCGGCCGGUGUUCAGGUGCAAGACCACGCAUUUGGACGCGUUAAACUUCAAAAGCCAUCUGUUCGACCAAGCACACAGUUUGUUGAUGUUCGACUGCAACUUCUCUGCGUCAUCAUCGCAUUUGACUUCACUCCAUAUUUUUUUGUCAUCCGCGAACAUGAGAGCCUCGCAAUUCCCUUCGCUGCUGCAGUCAUUAACAUAAAUCAGGAAGAGUACUGGGCCUAAGACAGAACCCUGUGGGACACCACUUUCCACCUUUACCCAUUCCGAGGUAGAAUUACUACCGACGACUCUUUGUAGUCUGGAGGACAGAAAACUCCUGAUCCACUUAAACAUUCUCCCUUGAAUCCCUACAUCCCAGAUCUUUUGUAAAAGAAGCCUGUGUGGGACACUGUCAAAGGCCUUCUUGAAGUCAAAAAAUAUGACAUCUACUGGAAAACCCUUAUCGGUAGCUCGUGUCCAUCUCUCGUGCGAGUAAAGAACACUCGUUAGGCAGGAGCGCCCUGGACGAAAGCCGUGUUGGGCAUCGCACAAUAUUUUGUUCUGUUCCAGGUAUUUCAUCAAGUGUCUUUUAAUAAUACGUUCCAUUAUUUUACACGCGAUGCAAGUAAGACUGACAGGACGAUAAUUUCCGCAGUCAAGUCUUGAGCCUCCUUUAUGGAUAGGAGUAAUGAGUGCGUACUUCCAUUCUUCCGGGAGCUCGCCGUCUUCAAAUGACUUUUGAAAUAUUGCGGAUAAGGGUUUGCACAGUUCAUUAGCAAGUUCACGAAGUGCUAGGGCGGGAAUUCUAUCUGGGCCAGGCGAUUUGGCAGGUUUCAGCCGGAGUAGCUCGGCCCUAACUAUGGUAGAUGAAAAGAGUGGUUCCUCGGUUAAGGAGGGUAGGGAAGGGAUAGGAUGGGGAAGAGUACUGGGAGGAGAGGUUGGUUGGCGAAUGGAUGGAUGGGCAAAUAUAGCACUAGGUUCUCGGGUGAAGACGGACUGAAAGAAGUCGGAAAGGAGGGACGCUUUAACCUGGUCAUCAAUCUCCACUUUUCCAUCUGCAGACCUGAGGGCAGGAAUGAGCUCCUGAGUCCUUUUAGUACAUCGUAUAUAACCAUAUAGAAUUUUCGGAUGCUCCAACGAAUUUCGGAGGAUGUUUAGUUCAAACUUCUUUCGCAGCUUUGAGGCCUCACUUUUACAGACGUUUCGUUGCCGCUUAUAUUCCUGUAAGUGUUCGUCGGAGCCAGUUAGUCUGUUACGCCUCCACAGACGAUUCCUUUUUCUGAAAGAGGCCUUCAAGUCGGGGUUUAUCCAUUUUGGGCGGUUUGUGAUUUUCUUUCAUCUAAGAGGACAAUUGGAAUAAACAAUCUCUUUCAGUAAGGAACUGAAAGUAUUCACGUUAUCGUUUGCUCGACCAUGCAGUUCAGUCUCCCAUGAUAUAGCUGCCGCUUCCCUCCUCAUGAGAGAAUAGUCCCCUUUCCAAAUGUUUCUCUCCCACCUCUCGGGUUAGACGGGUUUGGAAAACAAUGAGUACUCGAAGUAGAGCGUGAUGUGGUCGCUUGACCCUAAUGUCUGUCGGUCCUGCAGGUCUAACACGUUUUCCUCCUCUCGGGUAAAAAUAAGAUCAAGGCAGUUCGACUGCUGCCCUUCCCUGACCCGUGUUCCAAAGGUAACAUUCUGGCAGAGAAGUUUGUCCGUUGCCCAUUGUAGUAGUUUGUGAUUAAAGCUGUCUUGCGGCCCUUGUGCAGUCCACGUUAGCCAAUCAAUGCCAGGAGCGUUAAAAUCCCCAAAGAUAAGGACGUCUUUCUUCUCGCUAGCUUGGUACAGUUCGGAUAUGAGCAUGAGAUCGUGGUCAGAAGUAUGGUUAGGUGAACGGUACACCACCGAAAGCGUCAAUGAUCGGACAUUCUUAGUAGAUAUGGUAACGCUUAGUAGUUCCACAUCCCGUACCGGUCUGUGUACACCAGCCAUAGCGCUUAGCUUGCAAGUGACAUAAAUUAUGACUCCUCCUCCUCGGCUUAGUCUAUCUCUCCUGAAUUGCUGAUAUCCUCUGAGUGAUAUUUCUGAAUCUGCGAUAUCUUCAGUAAGCCACGUUUCUGUGAAUGCCAUAAUGUCUGGCUUAAUUUCAUCAACUAAGUCUCUUAGUUCGUCUAGUUUGUUGAAGAGGCUUUGCACAUUUGCGGAUAUAACCUUCAAUGACCUUCAAUACCCGGCCGUUUCCACAAGCCUCCUCACUUGUGCUGUCUAUCGUAUUCAGUGCACGUCCUAUUUCCAAUUUGCCUUCUGUUUUGCAUACGUAACAUUGGCGACGCAGCCUAACGAACAUGUCUUCAUUGCUGCCUACACCGCUACCUUUUUUGGCCAAAGAACGCGUGCGGCAAAACCUUCAGCAGCUGAAUCAGUCAAACGAUGGAGUGAUAGCAUCCUUGGAAUCGGAAAUGGCCGUCUCCCUGGUCAACAGUGCUGUGUCUUCACCUAGACAGCGACCCUCAGCUCCCUCAAAACAACUACCAUCAUGCUACCGUUGUGGCCAGCAUCAUAUCCGGUGGUCAGACUGUAGACAUCAGAAGACGGUAUGCCAGUUUUGCAAGAAAGUCGGCCACAUCGAACGAGUGUGUUUCUCCGAAAGACGAGCGAAUAGUAACACGCAUGCGACCUACCCUAGUCCAGCUGGGGAUGGCGAGGCGAUACUCCGAAUGUUUCCGGCCAACGCUACUCUCCAAUCCCCCUACACCAUCACGCUUCCGGUUGAUCACCAUCCCGUGAAGUUUGAAAUCGACACUGGCUCAGCUGUUACUCUCAUCGAUGAGGCCUCUCUUCAGAAAUUACCCUCCCUCCUACCGGCUAGCUCAACAUUCCGUAGUUACACUGGACAGAACGUAGACGUUCGAGGGGUCUUUACAGCCGAAGUCGAACAUGAUGGAGAACUUCAUUACUUGGAGGUUCAUGUGGUGAGAGGAAGCCAGCAACCGAAUCUCCUUGGACGAAAUUGGAUUAAAUGCGUGCCUUCUGUGCUAUCCUAUGUACAUCGGAUGGGUGUAAAUCCGGCUUUAGAUUCAAUUUUGGUAAAUCAUAAGGAUCUAUUUCGUGACGAUUCAGCUACCCACUACCGCGGUUCACCUGUUAAGUUUCAGUUUCAGUCAGAUUUCCGGCCCCGGUUCUUCAAAGCUCGUACAGUCCCCUAUGCACUCGCACCGAAGGUCGAAGAAGAGCUGGAUCGCCUACAGAAAGCGGAUAUUAUUGAGCCCGUGCAGUAUUCGGAAUGGGCAGCCCCAAUAGUUCCUGAUCUUAAAACCGAUGGUUCUGUGCGUAUCUGUGGCGACUACAAGCUGACAAUCAACUCAGCAACUAAACUGAACCCUUAUCCUCUCCCGCGCAUCGAGGAUCUGUACGCAUCUCUCUCGGGUGGUCAUCAGUUUACAACUUUGGACCUAAAGCAUGCCUACAACCAAGUCGUCCUAGAUACUGAAUCCCGAGACGCCACCACCAUCAAUACGCAUCGGGGUUUAUUUCGAUAUAAAAGACUACCAUUUGGAGUAAGUUUGGCUCCCGGUUUAUUUCAAUGCUUGAUUGAUAAUCUCGUGAAGGAUAUACCUCACGUUUGCGCAUAUCUUGACGAUAUAUUAGUUGCCGGCCCAUCUGAACAUAGUCAUCUAGAGACUCUAAACAUCGUGUUAGGACGUUUAGAGGACGCCAGUUUUAAACUCAGCAAAGAUAAGUGCACUUUCCUUGCCGACUCGGUAGAAUACCUGGGCUUCAGGGUGGAUAAAACUGGCCUCCAUCCACUCGAACAUAAGCUCAAAGCCUUGAAGACGGCGCCGUGCCCCAACAAUACUAGUCAAUUGCGUUCACUCCUGGGGUUGGUCACCCACUUUAGUCGCUUUAUGAAAUAAUCGGCUACAAUUCUCAAGCCUCUUUAUCGACUACUUGAAAAGAAUUGUGGCUGGCACCGGUCGGAGGUCGAACAAAGUGCUUUCGAACAGGCAAUGGCGGAUCUUACCUCCUCAUCUGUCCUAGUUCACUAUGACCCCGAAAAGCCUAUCAUACUGAAAUGUGAUGCGUCUCCGUAUGGCGUAAGUGCAGUUCUCAUGCAUCGAAUGCCUUCGGGUUCGGAGAUGCCGAUUGCUUUUGCAUCAAGAACCAUGUCACAGGCGGAAACCAACUAUUCGCAACUAGACAAAGAGGCCUUAGCAAUAAUGUUUGGCCUACAUCGGUUCCACCUGUAUCUUUUUGGCCGACACUUUGAAAUUUACACUGAUCACAAACCCCUCUUAGGUUUGCUGGGAGAAAAACGAGGGAUACAGCAGAUGUCCUCGCCAAGAAUGCAACGAUGGGCACUCACUUUAUCUGCUUACACGUAUGCAAUGAAAUACGUUACAGGUAGUGCAAACGUAGUGGCUGACGCCUUGAGUAGGCUUCCUAUCGUGGACGAUGACAUUAGCGGGGCACCUGUUUUUGAGACCGUGAAUCUUUUGCAGAAUCUAGUCAACGCGCCUGUAACCUGUCAACAAAUUUGACAGUGGACAUCGAGAGACCCUCUCCUAAGUCGGGUAAAAAGAGACUUACAAUCUGGCUGGCCGUCCUCUACCUCCUCUGAUUUUCAACCAUUCUUCAGCCGUCAGAACGAGUUAAGUCUACAAGACGGAUGCAUACUAUGGGGCAAUCGUUUAGUUGUGCCACCACAAGGCCGACGGGCCAUUCUCAGAGACCUGCAUAAUGCUCACCCUGGUACAGUUAGAAUGAAAGCUCUCACCCGCAGGUAUGUUUGGUGGCCCAAAAUUGACGCAGAUAUAGAAAACGUGGUGAAAGCAUGUCACGUGUACCAAAUAACACAGAAGACCUUACCGAAGGUUCCUCUGAAGCCCUGGGCCUGGCCCGACUCGCCGUGGAAGAGGGUACGCGUCGAUUAUUUUGGGCCAUUCCAAGGCCAUAUGGUUUUGGUGGUAGUUGACGCCCACACUAAAUGGAUUGAUGCGAUUCCGACAGGAAAUUCUUGUUCCUCACUGACUACAAUCAACGAGUUGCGAACCGUCUUUUCUACUUUUGGGAUACCUGAAAUGGUCGUUUCAGACAAUGGCCCGGCCUUUACUAGUGCAGAAUUUAAAGAUUUCAUGAAGAGAAAUGGAAUUAGACAUUUAACUACUGCCCCGUACCACGCUGCUUCAAAUGGCCUCGCAGAGCGUGCAGUCCAGACAAUAAAGCACGGACUAGCCAGACAGACAGAAGCGGACUUGGCCACCAAGUUGUCACGCUUUCUGUUCAGCUAUCGCAUAACACCAAACUACUCAACGGGUGCUUCGCCUGCAGAAUUGAUGUUCAAGCGGCAGUUGCGCACACGACUCGACCUGCUCAAUCCAUCAACGCAGGAUAGGGUCAUUGCAAAACAGACGAAGAUGAAAGAACGACAUGAUGUGAGCACCCGACCACUAGUCGUCGCGCCCAACGAAAGUGUCUACACGCGACUGGAACACGAAACGAACUGGUGUCCAGCGGUAGUUCGAAAAAGCGAGGGUCAAAUAGUGGAAUAA